AUGACGAAAGUUAUAUCCUACGUUUUAUUGACAUAUUUUUGCAUCCAAGCGUCAGCUAAUAACGAGAAAAUCAAGUUAUUAAAAUCACUUAACUCUUCCGUAAAUGAGAGAAAAUUCCAGGAAAGUAAUGAAAGAGAAAGUGCAAUGACGAUGAGAGCAUCUGAGAAAAAUGCGAAUUCAAUUGAAAUCGGUAAUCAAUCUAUGGCUAAUAUUGAUUUGAUUAAUAAUUCUGCUGAAGUAUUUGACGAUGAUACAAACUUCUCAAUAAGUGGAGUAACGGAAAGAAAAACAAUAAAAAAAGAAAUUCAAUUUCAUGCAUUCACACAAUUAUUCGAUCAUUUUAUGUGGAAUAUUGGAUCGUUUAAAACACUUUUGAACGGAAAGUGUUUCAAUGAUGUUCAAAUAUAUUUGAACGAAUUAAAAAUGUCAACUGCUUGGGGGUUGAGAAUUAGUGAUGCCAGUGGUCGAUAUAGAGGUCAAUUCUUCUUCCUCAACGAUUUCUGGCUCGGAUCUAAACAGUUUUGUUACAAUAUAAAUAAUGAAUUUAAAAAUAGUGUCAAUAAAAAAUAUCCCUUGCUUCAAUUUUUCGUAACAAACUUGCAGUUUCAGUCGAGAGUGUUACACAUUGGGCAAUGUUUGCCAGAGUCGUGUUCAACAACUGAUGUAUCAAUGAUACUUGAAAAUGAUCCAGCAUCGAAAGCUUUGAAGAAAUUAGAAGUUAAUGAUAAGAAAACGAAUUCCGAGCCAUCAUUUAAAAUACUGUCGACAAGAAAAGUUCCUGGGGAAUAUAAUGAAUGGUCUGAACCAAAAAUUUACAUUUUUUGUGUCAUAUUAAUCGCUGUUUUAAGUUUAGUCAUUUGUGCAACAGUUUUUGAAAAUUCUAUUCAAAAUAAAAGCAAUAAUGCCGACAUAUCAAUAGCAACAAUUUUCAAACCAAAAAGAAAAUUUGAAGAUUCUGAUGAAAAUGGAAAUAUUGAAAUGAAUCAUUUUCAAAAUAAUUAUGAAGUGGAUAUCACGGCCAAGUCCACAAAUGAUCUUCAUAGUAAAGAAAGUGAUAAGAGGGAAACAGAUAUAUGGAGUCGCAUUCUUCUUUGCUUUGCAUAUGGAAGUAAUUCAAAAAUUAUUUUAAACACUAAAGUGAAUACCAAAGAUCAUUUAAAUUGCAUACAUGGCCUUCGGUUUAUAACUCUUAUGUGGACGAUCAUGGUUCAUACAUAUCUUCAAUAUUUUGCGAUAGGAGAAAAUCGAUUCAACAGGACAAUAAAUGAGAAAGGCUUUUUAUAUCAAAUCAUUGGAAAUGCCACAUUUUCUGUUGACACUUUUUAUUUCAUAAGUGGACUUCUUGUGGUUCUGUUAUUCUUAGAAGCAGAAGUAAAAAAAGCAUUAAGAGAUGAUGACAAAAAUAAGGACAAGGAAGAAGACGAGAAAUCUUUUUGGAACAAAAGUUUGUCAAAAGCUUUGAUGAUGAUUAUUUACCGAUUCAUGCGUUUAACUCCAUCAUAUUUAGUCAUAAUUUGGUUUACUGAACUAUCAAUGAAAACAGUCUACAACGAAACAGUUUUCACUCCAGGAUUGAUUGAUCAUGUGAAUUGCAAGAAAUAUUGGUGGAGAAAUAUUUUUUACAUAAACAAUUUCUAUCCAUUGAGUGAGAUGUGUCUCAUGUGGAGUUGGUAUUUAGCUAACGAUUUCCAAUUCUUCAUUAUCUUGAGCGUAUUAUUAAUCAUAUCAACAAGAUAUUUGAGAGUAUCUCUGCUAUCCAUAGGAUUGCUACUGGUUUCAUUUCUGAUUACAACUGUCUACAUGUCUGUACAUUAUAACUAUAUUCACAAAGUAUCAGAUCCGUUUGAAUCGUUUGAUAUACUUUACGACAAACCUUGGCAAAGAUUUUCACCUUACUUUAUGGGAAUGUUCACUGGUUACAUUCUGCAUCGCUAUAAGAAACCUCCAAAGAUUCAAAAUCUUUUUAUCAUAAAUAUUUGCAUGUGGAUUCUUUCGAUUGGAAUACUUUUUCUUGUUAUUUUUGGUGUCACCGAAGGACAACUUGGAGUUGUCGAAACUUCAAUUUACGUUUCAUUUGGGCAUGCUGCAUGGGGAGUAGGAUUGAUAUGGAUCACGCUUUCAUGCUGUUGGGGACUUGCAAAGCCAAUAAAUUCACUUUUAUCUUACAAUGGAUUCUUUCCCUUAAGUCGUUUAACUUAUUGUACUUAUUUGAUUCAUCCUACAAUAAUGAUGAUAACGAGCUUUCAAUGCGAUGGGCCAAUUCAUUUGAGACAUGGAACAAUAUUAACUGCAUUUUUGGGAAACGCUGUCAUAUCAUUCUUUGCAGCUUACGUCUUGUCUGUACUUGUUGAAUCUCCUGUUAUAAGAGUACUUAAAAUACUUUUUCGAUAAAUUAAUAACUGCGCAAGUUAUUUGUGAGAAUUAAUACUUUUUAUGAAUCUUUUUUAUUUCUCAUUUCUGUUAUGGAAGACCUGAAAUAAAUUUAUAGAAAAUUUCUAACCC